GUAGUUCAAAUCACAUGAUUUUAAUUCUUAAAAGAGGUUGCACAAACGCCAGGCGAAGAGUGCUCUGAAUGAAACACAUGAUACGUCUAAGACAAAUACGCAAUAGUAUUUGUGAAUUGAAGAGAAAGCAUUGCUGUUGGAUUAGGGGUCGUUGACAUCACUGCUUCUUUAAUCAUGUACUAGUUAGUAGUGCUGUAACGAGCAGCAGUGAAGUAAGUCAUGGAGGGGGUGCUGUAUAAAUGGACCAAUUAUCUAAGUGGCUGGCAGCCUCGCUGGUUUGUACUGGUGGGAGGAACUUUAUCAUAUUACGAUUCCCAAGAAGAUGCUUGGAAAGGGUGCAAAGGGAGUAUUAAAAUGUCAGUGUGUGAAAUACAAGUCCAUUCCUCAGACAAUACGCGGGUGGACCUGAUCAUCCCAGGAGAGCAGUAUUUCUACCUGAAGGCCAUAAAUGCUGCAGAGAGACAGAAAUGGCUGGUUGCUCUGGGCACAGCCAAGGCCUGCCUCACUGACAACAGGACAAAGAGAGAAAAAGAGCUGCAUGAAAACACAGAGGCACUGAAAACAAAGAUGUCUGAACUGCGGUUGUACUGUGAUCUUCUUCUUCAACAAGUUCAUAAAAUCAAAGAGAGUUCUCCGCCUGCAGCAUCUGUGUCCGACGCUGACGUGGAACAGGAGAACAUCGAAACGGGAACCCUUGUGAAGUCUACCUGUGGCACUUUUCUGAAGACGCUAGAGGAAUGUAUGCAGAUUGCAAGCAAAACCUUUAACUCUGAGCUACUGCCCCAGACACCCCCAAGCUCUCCACCUGUGGCAGCUAUCAAACCAGACAAGGUCAAACAUAGCAACCCAUCUAGUCACAGCAUCACAGAAAGAAAGAAAGAGUUGAAUAACAAUUGUCGAAGCAAAGCACCAUUCGAGAAGCUGAGCCCAGAAGAACAAGAGAAGCAAAGCGAACUAGAAAAACCAAGUGAGGCUGGAACUCCUGCGGCAGACAGCAUGCGAGGUGUGCAUGACGGUGAAAGCUCAGUGAAUGUGGAGCACACAGACUGGGAAGAGUGUGAUGACACACCAGCAGGGGGCAGUGUUGUGAAGCUAGAAGGGCAGUCUGAGGCAGUAAGCACUGAGGAGCCACAGGCUGGGUGUUCUGAAGAGAAGGACUGUGACAUUCUUCAACAGGGUGUGCAGCAACAAGACGAGGAGGAGAACGUUGACACAUUCUUUAGUACAAUGGGCCACAGAUUUAGUGAUAUAGAAUUGGAAGACGGCAGUGGUAUCCCAACCGAGCCAUUUUUGGAAUCUUGUUAUGCAAUAGUCCCUGUAUUAGAUAAGCUUGGACCCACCGUGUUUGCUCCUGUUAAAAUAGAUUUUGUAGGUAACAUUAAGAAAAUCAAUCAGAAAUACAUUAGCGAUCCAGAGAAUUUCACAACUCUGCAAAAGAUCGUUCUGUACGAAGUGGAGACAAACAUGGCUCAGGUUAGGAACUCGGCCACAGAAGCACUUCUUUGGUUGAAAAGGGGCUUAAAGUUCUUGAAAGAGUUUUUAGCAGAGGUGAAUAAUGGAGAAAAAAAUAUCUAUGCAGCACUAAAUAAUGCUUAUGGUAAAACACUACGGCAGUACCAUGGCUGGGUUGUGCGAGGAGUCUUUGCUCUGGCACUGAGGGCUGCUCCUUCCUAUGAAGGCUUUGCUGCAGCGCUCGUCUCUAAUGAAGGUGACCAGAGAAAGGCGGGGUUUUCCAAGGGGAUGCACAGGGACCUUGAUGUUUACUUGCCAGCCAUGGAGAACCAGUUGGCAAUACUAGAUGCCAUGUAUGAAGAAUACAGUCUAGAGUCUGAUGAGGUUGUAUGAUGAUUGGGGAAACUCAACAAAACCAGACAGCAGGGAUUUCAAAUGCUGAGAUUUUUGUUUUGUAUUUGAUAUUUUAUUCCAUCAGUGUUACAAUUGACUAAAGAUAGCUUUUACCUUUAAGCACAAUGAAACCAAGUAUACAUAAUCCAUGUAUGUUGCCUUAAAUUAAGUAAAACCACAGUAGAUAAUGUAACCCUUUGCUUGGUAAAAGCUUAAUACAGCAACUUCCUUAAGUUAUUAGGUUGUGGAUUAUUACUUUAGACAAAACUUGUUUUAAUCCAUUGUCUUGAAUAGAUAAAGUCCAUUGGAGUUCCAGUGUAAGAAUAAAACAACAUGGAUCUAGACAGUUAAAAUUGCAUGAAGACGAUAUGAAGGAAAUAGCAGAAAUGGAUUUAAGAAAAUGACUUUAGGUUGAUAGUUUGUGGAUGUGGAAUGGAAUGGAAAUAUUUAGCAUGUAGAAGGAUUCCACCACACCACACCUGGAAUAUGAUUCAAUGUUAAGGAAUAGCUUGAAGCCUGAAAAUGGGAACUAGCAUGUUGUCAAUUUGAAGUCGGGAUCAGUCAGGCAUGUCAGUUUACAGGUAUCACGUGUACAUACAGGUAAUAUUACCAAGCCAAGUAUCUGUCCUUUUUAUUAUUAGUAGUACUAUUUCGUGUUGCUUUUGUUUACAAAGUGUGUAUCUUGACAUACUGAGAUGUUUCCUUCUGAAAUGGCAUGAUUGCUGAUGCACAUUAUAAGCCUAUGGGUCUAUUUUCAUUGUGCAUAAAAGAUUUAACAAUGUUUAUUAGUUUAUAAUAAUGGUACGUAUUAGUUUUUAAUUCUGUUUAGAUUAUAAGUAUAAGUAUAAUUAUGUAACCUUAAUGCAAAGGGAGAUUUUCAUGUGUGUAAAUGAUUUCUUCUGUUUUACAUUAUAGAUUGAGCUCUCUGUUUGUUUAUAUUGUAAUCUGUUACUUUAAAAUGAUUAUUGAGCGUGUGUUCUCUUGUAUAACACACUACAAAUGACUUGUAAUAUAUAUUUAUGUAUUUCAUUUUAUACAGUUUUAUUAAACUUAAAAAACCUUC